AUGUUAAAUUUUAUAUGCUCUGCGAAGAAUGGUGCAAGAGUUUUAUCAACAACUUGUAAUUUAAUUUAUGGCUGUUCUGUUAAAAAUAUUGGUUUAAAAAAAGAGGUUAUUACAAGAGUCGCAUUUUAUAGAAGUAUAUCUUCAAGCCUUGAUCCGUUUGGUUCUCAAAGUUUUUCUCCGAAGACAGAAGAAAACCAACUAAGUACAACAAGAACUCACGUAAAUGGUGUAGAUCCUUCAAAAACCGAUCCUUUUAGCGUUAUUCAAGACGCUUUUUCUAGUGAUACUCAUGAAUCGUCUAAACAUUUAAAAUUAUAUGAUAACGGUUGGGAAAAUAAUAAUAAAGGUGUUGUAAAACAAUCAUCUUUCCAAAGGUCUAAAAAUAUGGAAACAGAUUACAUUGAUUUAACGCAAGGAUCUUCUACGACACGACCAUCAUACGAAACUAAUCGUCAUUCAGAAUCAUUUCAAAAUUCUUAUCCUAAUGAGUCAAAAUUACAAAAUAAUUUUGAGCAACAAAAUUUACAAUUACAGCCAUCAGCAGGUGCUCAGAAAUUUAAAAUGUCAAAAAAUCAGAAACUUGUUGAUGCAAUUGAUGAACAUGGUGAAAACUGGGAAUACAUUUCGAAAGAAAUUUACAAAGGCGAAGUUGGUCCUGAAAAAUUGGAACAUGACUGGGAUAAACUUAAAUCAUUUGGUAACUUUACAAUGCAACAAAAUAAAGUAUAUCCUUUUUGGACAACAAAAGAAAUGUUAAAACUUAUUGAUGCUGUGAAAGCUUGUGGCGAAGAUUGGCAAAAAAUUUCAAUUGAAUGGUUUGAUAGCAAACGAUCUCAAGUAUCAUUGGAAAAGAAAUGGGAAAAAAUAGUUGAAACAAAAAAUAACCCACAUGUAAACUUCAAUCGAUUAAAACAGGCAGAUAAUCAAUUUAGAAUAAAUCGGGAAACAGUAUCUCGAAAUAACAUAAGCCCAAAUCCUGAGCGGACAAAAUUAAAUAAUAGUGAUCAAGGUGUAAGACAAAGUCAAUUAGCUCAUGAGCUUGGUAGAGAACUCAAUUUACAAUGGUCAAAUAUUGUAAAUUUAUUUGGGCAACAAGCUAUUUCACUUGAAAUAUACUUUAAUAGCCUUUUAGAUUGUUCUUGGACUAAAGAAGAAAAUUCUACGUUAUUUGCCGCUAUAAAGAAAUAUGGUACUGAUGAUUGGGAAAAAAUCUUGAAACUUUUGCCAGGAAAGUCAUUGAAAAAUAUUAAAGAACGAUGUUCUUAUAUUUUAUGGGAACAGCAGGAGGUAGAAACUUUUGAUAAAGCUCUUGAGCAAUAUGGUACUAAUUGGAGUAAAAUUAGUGAAGUUGUUGGUUCCAGAUCUCCUGGUCAAUGUUGGUCAUAUUGGAAGAUUACUACUGGUUAUGAUUUAUCGAAACCUAAUUCAGAAAAUGGGGUUAAACCUGAAACUGGAGGAAUUCAACAUGCAAAUGUUUUUAUUCAGUUCCCUAACAAAGAACUUUUGCAAAUGUCUUUUGAACGUCGUAAUACUGAAGAAGAUUUUAUUCCUGAAAAAACGGUUGAUUGA